AUGGCCAUGCAAACACUAGCAACACUUACGUGGUUGGUGGCCCUUCUGCAUUUCUCCUCACCCACGACGGAAGAAGUCAAACUCGGUCUUUUAAUCCCAUUCAAGCGCACAGCUCGUCUCGGCUACUCUUUCCAUCGAGGAGAAUUAUACGCUUCUGCAAUGAGCAUAGCCGUGGAUCAUAUAAAUCAAAGAUCAGACUUGUUACCAGGUAAAUACGUUACGUUCAUUUGGAACGACACGGACUGCGAGGAGGAAAAGACUUUGCAAGCAAUGGUGUAUCAACUGACUCAAGGUGUUUCAGCUUUUAUUGGCCCUGGAUGUACAUGCAACACUUCUGCGAGAAUCGCGGCGUCGUUUAAGAAGACCAUGAUUUCAUAUGUAAGUUGCUUAUUAUUUUAUUUUAUUUGCUCUUUUUCAAGUUAAUGUUCAACUGUGAUGAAUUCAACAGGAGCAGAAGAACAAAGAAAACCCUUUUAAAUAACCAAUCUAAUUUCGAAGCCGAGUACCUUACUUGCACCUCAACAUUCAUAACCAAACGAAAAACAGAGUUAAGUGUGUUAUUUUCAUUUUUAUUGUAUUCAUAAAGGUGUUCUAAUUUUGUACUUCUUUUGCUUAUGAAAAACGAAUUAUUUAUAUUGCACCCUAAUUGCAUUUGAAAUGGAAAAUGAAGUUGUCGUACUCGAAUUAAUUGAUGGAAAAUGAUUGUUUGUUGCCUUUAAUUUCUUUUAAACGAUCAAUACCAGAUUUUUAGUGAAAUCAGUAAAUAAAAUAAUACAUUCAAAAGGAAUCAAAUUGAAUAAUUGAUGUGAAUUUGUUAAAUUUCAUGCAGUAAAUAAACUCGGGGUCAAGGUGGCGGAGAGUAUAAUUAUAGAGAUAAUGAUCGCAAAAGCUUAUUUUUGUUUAAGCAUUGUUAGUAUUAAAAUUAAAAAGCAAGUGGAAAAAAUAUGCCAACAACAACAACACUUUAUUUCACCCAUAAUAUACAAGAAAUAAAAAUUUAUAAUAAUAGUACAGACGAUGAUAGGGGCGCUGGCUGUCCGAAAUAACCUAAGAGUUAAAAAUGCCAGGCAGCCAGUUAAAAGAAAAAAUGUUUAAAUGUUUAGGUCAGGGACACAAGAACAAAGAAAACAGAGAAACGCACACAAAAAGUUAAGUAAACUACCAGUAUAUUAAAGAGACUAAAAUUCAUACAUUGCAAAACAGUAUUAUUUCCAUUUUAAAGUUACCCAGACAAUGUACAGAUGUCUAGUACUCUUUGAUAAAGUGCUGUUUCACUUUCAACUUCGAGAAAACUCAUCGCCUCAUUAACUGAUUUUUUUAACUCGGAGAUUGUCGAGUUAAGUGGAUUGAGUUUGUCGUCUAAAAUUUUGGUAAAUUGGUCGCAAUUAAUAGCCGGCAUACUGGUAGACACUCACAAUAUUAAACAGAUAUAAUAUAUCACACGCUACAGAACACUAGACUCAAAUUCACUACAAUUUCCUCAAGAGCGAAGAAAUAAGCAGCCAUCUUGUCCGCUGACCGCUGACCCAGCAUACCCACAAGUUUGGCCUUUUUCUUAAACGUUCGAGAAAGGAUUUGCUAAUUUAUAAAUUGAUUCAAGUUGGAGGUUAUUUUGCCUAUAUUAUACUAGUUAAGAACUCAUGUUCACCAAUUAAUUCCAAGACGGCAGGUUAUUUUUUUAAUUUUUCAGCUCUGUAUACAGUUUCUUUCUCGAUAAUAAUAUAUGUUUUGUGGCUCAAUUCUACAGACCACGGCCGAGCUCCAAAAACCCUCACUUUCAAAAUAAGGCUAAGUGCGCAAUCUUUCUUGUAAAAAGAAUUUAUUUAUUUGCAUAGAAUGCAAAAUCAUUUCCAUACCAAAGGCUGAGCACUUAACCUCGUUUUGAUGUAGAGACCCGGGGGAACCUGGAGACAGUUCAAAUUUCACAUCCAUUUGUUUUUAAGUGUGAUAAUUUCUGUGUUGUAGUUAAUUUAUUAUCUCAGUUAAUUUUUAUUAAUAAAUUUAUUGCUUGUUUCCCUAUUGUUGCGAAAUUUAGUGUGCAAAAAAGAACGUUUUUACACGGUUUCAAUAGUUUCACGAAACGCAAGAAAAAACUGACAUGUAUGACGAGAAGUUUUGCCGGAAUGGGCACGGCAGCAAGGCGCUUUAAAUCAAACCAAUAUUUCAACUAGCAACGAUAAUCUUUUUCAGGGCCAAAGAAGGAUUAUUUAACGGCUUUUAAAACUGAAUAUAUAUGGUCCGAUUGAAACCAUCUCAGAUCUCAUCUCAUCUCUAUCUAUUCACCACACGUCAGGUAAAUCCAAGAGGUUUGUUUUUGUAGAAUCCGGAAUCCUGCAUGGGCUUGGAAUCUGGAAUUCAACUCUAGGAACCAAGAAUUCCGCUUUACGAUUGAAUCGGGAAUCCAAAUUCCCCUGACAAGUAAAGCGAAAUCCAGUACCUGGAAUCUGGAGUCCUUACUUGGAAUCCAGAAUUUAAGACUAGCCGUGGAUAAUUAUCUUACAAGGGACGAAACUAUCCAGUUUUCUCUAAAACUGACCUCUUUCCUUUGUUUUUUAAUAGAUGUGUAGUAAUCCAGAGGUAUCAUACAAAAAGCUGUAUCCCACCUUUAUUCGUACAUUUGCCAUUGACACGAAACUUACACCAAGUCUGCUAUCACUUCUUAAUUAUUUCAACUGGAAAAGAGUGGCAAUCAUUUACGAAAACGUGACGAAAUGGAUAGAAAUGAAGACCAACGUGGUGAAGGGAUUAAAAGCGAAUGGAAUUAUCGUAGCGCAAGAACUGUUAACACAUCAUACAGCGCUUUACAGGCCACAGAAUGACAGCGACUAUUACAGAGGGAUCUUGAGAAAAAUCAAGCAGGAAGCUCGGAGUACGUAUUUCAAGUUUUACCUUUGGUAACACAGGAACAGAGCUAAGAGAGUAUACUCCCUCAUAUGUUACGUUAAGUUAUUUUUAGCAAUAUAAAAUGGCAAGAAAUUUAAUUCAAAACAAUUUUUUUUUUACUUUCAGUUACCUUCAUAAACUUAACAAAUUUGUCGUUUGCAGGUUUGUUGCAUCUUAACAUAUUUGUCCAAAUAAUCAUCAUAAAUUAUUCUCUUUUCCAGUUGUGAUCUUUGUGACUGACUUUCCUAUAGCUCAGGAAGGAAUGCUCCACGCAUACGACGAAAACAUGACAAAUGGAGACUACGUGUUUAUAAUUUUUGAACUUGAUCAAUUUCAAGUGGGAAUCAAGACUGACCAGCCAUUUAAGUGGUUUUUUAGCAGCCACAGAAGUACACUUGAUCGCUAUGAUGACGUCAAACAAGCUUUCGAGGCUGCUUUCGUCUUGGCUGUCAAAAGUCUUUCAUCGAAAAGUUACGUGAAAUUUACGGAGGAGUUGAAGAUUCGGUCCACAGAUGAACCAUUUAACAGCAAAGCUUACACGGGGUAUUUAUUUCAGGGAAGUUUCUUGGCAAACAAAAUUAAGGUAGGAGGUGGACCUUUGAAGCACUAAGCCAGGGCAAGUUGUUCGCGUUGUUGGGAAUAAUUAUUCCAGGCUUUAAUUGGUAACCUCCAUUUCUAACUUAGUUACUAUCUAUGUAUACUCCGAAAAUUCCUUAUUAAAAAAACCCCAAUUGCUAGGCGACGAAAGACGGAAACACUCUGCAAGACAAAAGCAUCCUCAAGAUCUCAAAUUCCCAUUUUUGGUGUACUUAUCAAGCAAAGUCUGUGAAACAUGGCUACGUAAAACUUUUCUUACCGAUUUUUGCAUAGUCUAGUGUUUUGCUGUCGUCAUUUGCAAAACUCCUUAUUUUUGUCUUAAUUUAUAAUUCCCUCCGGUAAUUUCUCCUUUUGAAAUCAUUUUGUUUGAGAAUUCAUACCAAACAAUCGACACAGUAUCUCGUUACCUCGAAGUUCGUUAAAAAUUCUCCGCUGCGCUUCGUACUCUCAACUCUCUUCUCAGUGUUAGUAAUUGCGAUGAAACACUGCACUCGUGUUUAAACUUUAAAGCGCUGAAGUAGUAUGUUACGUAUGUCUCUUUUUCUGUAGCCACCGUUGUAUGGAGCAUAUCUUUACGAUGCUGUGUAUCAGUAUGCCAUUGCUCUGAACAAAACACUGGAGAAGAAUCAACCCGCCACAGGCGAAAUCAUCGCAAAAAAGAUGCAAAACGUACAAUAUGACAGUAAGUAAGCCAGCAUCAUAAGCAUCUUCCGUCUCGUGCUGAAUUUCCGUUUUGCAUGUUGAAGUCAGACGAGCAAACUUCACCAUCAAGCCUCGUUUUGAAAUUGGAAAGUUGGAAAGUUUUUGCGUAAAUGAAUUUCCAUUGCAGUAGAGUUGAAAAGAAUAAUAUCGCACAGAGAGUGCACAUUCGAAGAAGCUCGUUCGAAAUCGAGACUUGGAGGUGAAAUUUGCUCGUCUGACAUGAACAUCUCAAAAUGGCCAUUUUGUGUUUCUCAUUCAUGAUGCCCAGAACUCACUUCUUGUUGCCCUGUAUUAGGCCAUUAAAACAAUUUGUUGGAUCCCAUACACUAAUUGUCGAAAGAGUUUAAAAUUAGAACUCUUCAUGGCUUAUUGUUGAAAUAGUUAGAGCAAUUGGAUAAGCUCCGGUCUGCCGAGCGGGAGAUUGAGGUUCAAACCCCGGCCGGACCACUCAGGGUCUUAAAAUAACUGAGGAGAAAGUGCUGCCUUUGUUAAUUGUGACAUCUACAAAUGGUUAGACCUUGUAGUUUUCUCGGAUAAGGAUGAAAAACCGUAGGCCCCAUCUCACAGUUCUUUCACUGUUCUGAUUCUUUGUGAAUGUAAAAGAAUCCACACUGUUGUUUGUAAAGAGUAGGGGGCAUAGACCACGGUUGUAUGGUACAACCUUUCAUGGGCUAGGUUGAUAUCAGUUGGGACAUUAGUCCUGUUUCAUCCCCUGUCACCAUGUUGUGUCACCGUGGCGAAGUCAAUAAAGUAAAGUUUAAUAAAGACAUAGAUGACAGCAUUUAUAUAUUUGAGUUGAGGGCUUUCAGAACGCUUUUAUGUCCACAGUUUCCUAUUACCAUCAAAACUUCCAAGAAGGUGAGAUGGAUUUUUUUUUUUCGAAGUUUGAAAUACACGUUAAUUCAGUUGCAUUCGCUUUCAGGCAUACUUGGUUACAAAAUUCACUUUGAUUCCAAUGGUGAUGCAGAGUUUAACCUGACAUUGCUUGAUAUGCGGCCAAUAGGUAAGCGGAUGUUGAUUCCGGCUUUUUCCGGAGAACUUUAGCGUCUGGAACGGUAUUCCCGGGAUCCGGGAUUUUCCCCAAAAAACAGAUUCCUUAACGAGAUAAAAAGAUUUGACUGUUACCAGGGAAGCAGUAUUCGCCCAAAUUUUCGGACGACCUGCACCGGCUCCAAACAAGGUUUGUGAUUGGCUGGGAAAACAAUAUAAGGGAUGGUGACAUAACAAUGCCCCUAUCCCUGAAAACAAAAGGUAGUGCAGGUUACAGGGACCAAUGAAAUAAGAGGUUUGGAAGAGUGCUGGUCAAUAGAAAUUUUCAGCACUGGUGCGGGAUCGGAAAGAAAACGAUAGUCGUGAUAGUGAUGAGGGAAGUUCGGGAUGCGGGAUUCUCGUGCAAAAAAGCGGGAAUACGGGAUCAGUACCAACCCCAUCUCCCUCUGAGACCCUAGAAUACACCUGUCAAAGUUUAUUAAUCGCGCUUUCUUAUUUUUUUUUCCAGAAAAAAGUGCACAACACGAGAUGAUUCCAGUAGGUGAUUUCCAAAUCAAGUACGACAAUAAAACCAAGAAAGGGGAACAAAUUUUUGUUCGGCGGUCAGGCAUUGCCAUUAAAUGGCCCGGUGGACGAACCGGUCCCCCACGGGACUCCCCUGAAUGUGGUUUUCACGGGGAACUUUGUAUCGGACCAAACCGAAAAAUCCGGUUAGGUGUCUAA